UACCACAACACCCAUGACUACACCAGUAAAUGCUACUAUACCACUUGUUACUACACCAGAGAAUAAUGCAACAGUAAACGCUACUACACCACCCAUGACUACACCAGGGAACAAUGCAACAGUAAAUGCUACUACACCACCCAUGACUACACCAGGGAACAAUGCAACAGUAAAUGCUACCACACCACCCAUCACUACUCCAGUAAAUGCUACCUUGGCACCUCUAACUACACCAGGGAACAAUGCAACAGUGAAUGCCACUACAUCACCCAUGUCUACAACAGCAAAUGCUACUAUACCACCCAUCACUACUCCAGUAAAUGCUACUAUACCACCCCUUACUACACCAGGGAACAAUGCAACAGUAAACGCUUCCACACCACCCAUCACUACUCCAGUAAAUGCUACCUUGCCACCUCUAACUACCCCAGGGAACAAUGCAACAGUAAAUGCUACCACACCACCCAUAACUACACCACGAAAUACUACAACAGAGAAUGCUACCCAACCAUCUCAGUCUACACCAGGAAAUGCUACUACACCACCCAUAACCAACUCAACAACUGGACCCACUGUCUCUACCACUAACCCAAUUAACACUACAACCACACCAGCUACCUGUCCUGCAGUGCCCUGCCCACCACUUAGUGUCUGUGUGAACUCCAUCUGUCAGUGUGUGACAGGAACUAUUCCUUUAAAUAAUGCCUGUGUGGAAACUAAAACCUUCACUAGUUCACUUCGGGUGAACCGCACUUUUGUAGAUGCUAUGAAUGAUCCCAAAUCACGUGAAUUCCAGGAAACUGCUAAAGAGAUAAUUGCUGCGGUAAAUGAAGCUCUGCGUAACCAGCCAAACUACAUUAACAGCACAGUAAUUAAACUGAUGUCUGGCAGUAUAGUGGCCUCAGUAAACAGUUUUUAUGAGCCCAAUUCUCCAGUCACACAGGAAUCGGUUAUAAAUGCCAUGAAUACUGCUAUAAGAGAUUGUGAAGCGGCAAACUGUGGCAUUCUUGCUAAUGCUCAAUACACUGCAACCAACCUGUGUGACCAAGUUCCUUCUCCUUGUGAUGGUGACACUACAAUGUGUGAGGCCAAAGAUGGGACCCCUGUUUGUACCUGUAAAUCUGGCCAUGUAUCUAGCCAAUACCAGGCCAGAAGCUGUCGAGUUUGCCCUAGUGGCUACAAAGCGCAAGAGAACAAGUGUGUUCAAUGUCCAUUUGGCUAUUCUGGAUUCAACUGUGAUGACUCCUCUUUGUUGGCUCUAGUGGUGGUGUCGUGUGUGUUAGGGGGAAUUCUACUCAUUGUGAUUUUGGCUGUUCUCAUCUACAUCUGUGUGACUCGUGGCAAGAAGUCGUCAAACAGCAAUUAUUACAGCACCCCUUACCCUGCUGAGGAGUUCAGAACUCCUCAGAACAGCUCCCAAAUUCCUCGUGUCACUCUGACAUCUAAUUCCAGCCCUGCUGCCACUGGCAACAGUCUAGAGAUGGCUGAAGGGCCAGGCAGGAAAGGCCACAGUAAUGGAUUGAAGAUUGGAGGAAAGUCGGGCUCAUAUGACCUCAGAACAGAUGGCAUGAGGACCUUUAAGGACAUAAACCCCACACGGUACUCUUAUCUGAUGGGUCAUGAAAACCCUUACUUCGUACAAGGAGAUGAGAAGAGAUGAUGAAAACAGCAAAGAAGGCCAGUGAGAAGUAAGAGGACAAGAAAAGAGUGCAAUAAUGAGGUGAAUUAUAAAAAGGCCUUGGAUCAAAAUGUUUCAGGAACGUUAACACUGUCAAAACCAAACUGCUGAUCACAGACUCAAAGUAUAUACACAAACGGCAUUUGAGAGAUAUUUAUAUAUAUAUACACUGUAAAAAAUUCGGUUGUGGUUGCCGGAAUUCUACCGUAAAAAAUACGGUAACAACAUUUUAGGUUUUACGGUUUUUACAUUUUACAGGAACUUACCGUUAACCAUUUAACAGGUUUGUACUGUAGCAUUUUCACAGAUUUUACCAUUAAAAUCAUGGUCAUUUUUUACAGUGUAUAUAUAUGUGUAUGUGUGUGUGUGUGUGUGUGUGUGUGUGUGUGUGUGUGUGUGUGUGUGUGUGUGUGUGUGUGUGUGUUUUACAGUUUUUAUUCCAAAUCUCUUUCACCCAGGAUAAAAUGCUCACUUCCUAAAAGUGCAUUGAUGAUUGGGUUUCUUCCACCACAAGCUUGACAAACAUGUCCUGUCUAUGACAAUGUGUUCUGUCUAUGACAAUGUGUUCUGUCUAUGACAAUGUGUUCUGUGUAUGACAAUGUGUUCUGUGUAUGACAAGGUUGACAAACACUCAACCACUCAUCUGUUGAUACAGUAUCUGUAUUUAUUGUUUUUUUUUUUCUCACUUAUGUUUUGUCUUUACAUUUCAUGUUCAGUGUUUUGUUUUAUGACAGAGAUCAUGCAUAUGUUACUGUGGUUUUUAACUCAAACUACAAAUUAUGUCAUUAUAAAGUAUAUAAUAUUAAACUAUAUUUUGGCACAUUUUAUUUAAAUUUCUUAUCUGUGGAAGCAAUAAGGGCAAACUAUACAAUGCAGUCCAGUAGUUCUGAAGCAUCUAAUCUAUAUUCUGACAUUAACAGCACUUUGUAGGAGGGAGCAUGUCAUGUCUUGUGUCUAUGUUUUUGUUUGUGUGUUUUAAAUGAUAUCUAUCAGAAAGCUGAUACAUAAAGUUAUUAAGUUUUGGGUGAUAUCUUUUCCAAAUUAUUUAUUUAUUUUAUGCCAGGACAAUGCAUGAUACCAGAAAUUGAUCUCUGUGCCUGACUGCGAUGUUGUCUUUUGAAUAGGAGAAUUAUGCAAUGAUGAGGAGUUCUCAACCAUGUCUCCUCUGUAGUCGUGCCAAUAAUUAUAUUUAUUUAAAUCAGAAGAUGAUUUUGUUUACUCAGCUGUCUGUUUGCUUCAAAUAUAUACUUAUUUAUGUGUAACUGGGAUAUGUAUCUGUACAUAAAGCUUUUGUUAAAAAAAAAAAAUAUAUAUAUAUAUAAAAAAGCUCAUUGGACAAAAUGAUUCAACCUGUUCUGAAUAUUAAAAGCAAAUAAA